GUGUUCCUUCGAGGAGUUGCAAAGAUGGCCACCAUGUUCGCUCAGCGCCAGACGGCUUUCGUUGACACCCGCGUGGCCCCCAAGGCCCCUGUCCUGGCCGCCGCGCGGUCGCGUCAGGCUGUGCAGACCCAGGCGCUCUUCGGCUUUGGUGGCGCAAAGGCCCCAGCUGGCGCUGCCCCUACUACCCAGUACAUGAUCUGCAUCGACUGCGGCUACAUCUACGACGGCAGCCAGGAGUUCAAGUCCCUGCCCGGCUCGUACAAGUGCCCUGUCUGCUCCUCGCCCAAGAACCGCUUCAAGGCGUACAAGGGCACCGACGUCAAGGGGAAGCCCAACAACGCGCCCGCGACCAUGAAGAAGCGGAAGGACGCUAAGCAGUGGUAAAGCACUGCCCGAGGAGAGGAACAGAGCAGCGGGGUUCUCGGCUGCGCCGUGCAGACGACGAAGACGAUGUGCGCUGGGGGCCAUAAUAGGAUGGGCCGCUUCCCGCUGUUGGUGGUGAGAAUGGUAGAACAGCGGCGUGGGAUAACUGUUCUCGUGGAUGUCAAGGAUGGAGUUUUGUGCUAGAGGUCCCACCUAAUCGCUGUGUUUUCCCGGGGCCCUGAGUAACUUCUGUUGGCACCAGUGCAGCGGGCACUCAGGGAUUCUCGUCGGAAGGUCGGAAGUGGGUUUGGUGCGACGUGAACCAUUGUAAAGUGGUGGCUCGGACUUCGAGUCCAUGGCAACGCGGGUCCUUCCAUGUAACUGUGGAGCAUUUAA